AUGACGAGGGAGCGAUUGAAAGUCCUCCUCGCGCCUUUCCGGAAGGACAAGGUGACCCUAGCCGGGAAGGAGCUCUUUCUCUGGCACGCCUCGAAACCUGCUGCCUUUGGGACGACGAACGGAAAAGCCAAUUUGAUGCGCGCUGUACUGGCGCAGAUUUCGGAUACGGGCGCUGAGCAUCGCGGCGUCGACACCCCGGCAGGCGACGAUCCUGGAGUGGCUGAACCGGACGCCGUUGACUCGGAGGUCGCUUCGACUAGUGAUUGUGAGAGCGUUUCGAGCAGCAGCAGCGAGUCCGUCGAGUCUAUCGAUAUCGCCCCCGGCUUCUCACCAGUGGCUGCUCCGCCUCCGGGCCACGUUCAUGUCGAGAAGGGGCGUUAUAGGAGAGACGCAGACCGCUGCCCUCCAGAAUUUGCGGCCCGCAUCGACAGCAUCGCCGGCGAGGUUGGCGUGCUCGACGCGGCCUUGUGGAGGUCUCUCAUGUACUUAUUCGUGCUCAUGCUGGCUAUGCAGCCGGUGUCACUGUUCACUGAUGUCGUAGACGAUGCGUCUUGCACGAGAUCGUUGGCCAAGACAGUCUUCGACGCCGCUUCCCUCCUGCACCAGUACGUUGUCACGGAAGGGUUGCGCACGGGGCAACUGCCGCAUUUUGAUGCCGCUUUGCGAACGCGGUCCAUGCAGGCGAUUGGCAUGUAUUCUGAAUUGUACGGCCCCGUUCCUGCGACGGGCCCGCAGCUCGCUGCUUGGACAUUCUUUGAUAUGGUCUUCUGGUAUAUUGGGGAGUACACCAUCAUCCAGGAUAACCUGCCCCCUGGCUCGUUUGCGGAGCAGACGCGACAAUUAGUUCGCGAAGGUCUUUCGGUAGAUAACGCCGCCUCCUUCGGUAAGAGCGCCAAGGGCCUCCUGGCGAGCGUCCUCGGCAUGCGCUCAGACGUCGCAGCGACGAACAACAUCGGCGACGGCCGAAAGCAGUGGGUGCGCGGCCGCAGGGCGGAUUUUGUGGCCCCUAAACGCUAUAGGCCAAUCGACCAUCUCCUGGAGGCGAUGGCCGGGUGGGCACCCCCUUCUGCCAUCGUUGGGCCUCUCUUGCAUGAGAUUCUGCGCGUGCUCCAGGCCGGCGGCGAUGUGGACAUGCGGAUCGUGGAAGGGCAGUCCGAGCGGCUAAUGCUACAGCUGCUGCGUUUCGAGCUACUGGGGGGGGCGGACUUGCAGCCUCUGCCCAAUAUUGAGAUUCGUUGCGGCUGCUUGCAGUGUUCGCGCGUGAUGCACUUGCGCCAACGAUGCAUCUACUUCGGACCGUCUCCGCGGGCGCUGCACGCUAGCCUGCUCCGAGAAAAAGUCGGCCAGAAAAUUGUGGAGGAUCAAACGUGCGCCACCUGGAAACGCCUGCUAUCCAUGUUCAACACGGAGUUCUCUGUGUGCCUCUGCCUCUACAUCCUGCAGAUGCUCGGCUGCUCCUGGAGGCGAUUCAUCCGCUUGAGCGCGCGCGGCAAGCGACUGCCAGUGAUCCGGUGGAGUGCGUUAUGUCAGAUAUCCAGUCAUCGCGACCUGCAGGUGUCCGCGUACAAAGCAGAGACACAUUUGCUCCGCAUUGCCUUCGGGUGGCUCGAAGAGUUUUCCGUCCUGCCACAAUUCAUGCAGCUGGUCGCGGCCCAGCGCCGGGCGUUCGUCCAUCGCGUCGCCUGGUCGCCGAGGACGUCCCGCGAUGACGUCGUCAAGGCGCUCCAGGCGGCCGCCGCCGAGGCGACCCCUGGCGCCUGCCGGCCUUUGCCAGCGGAUUUUUUCAAGAGAGCCUUGGCAGAGCGGAAGCGCGAGAAUGCCGACCGGAAGCGUUUGAAGGCGUCCGCGCGCUGA